CAAGGGUGAAGACUGGGGCUUCAAGGAAGGAGAAACUAAGGCAGAAUCCCUUUCCUACCUCCCCUAAGCACGUGGCUCUCUGCCCCCAGAUCUACAAUGCCUCACUGAGCCAUUCUGGCAGCUGAGUGGAUCCAAGCAGAGAGCAUCAAUGGAUGGACCCCUGGCAGGCGGCCUGGCUGCCCCAGACCGUCCUCGAGGCCCUGAAAGACUGCCUGGCCCAGCGCCGAGGGAGGACAUCGAAGGUGGGGCUGAGGCAGCUGAGGGGGAUGGUGGCAUCUUCCGAUCCACACAUUACCUGCCUGUCACCAAGGAGGGCCCCCGAGACGUUCUGGAUGGCAGAGGUGGCAUUUCUGACGGGCAGCCCCAUCCCGGCCUCAGCGAAGCCCUCCCCCGUGCCACCUCCGCCACCCAUCGGAUCAGCAGCUGCUGCUGGGAUGGAGGCAGCCUGGACUUCCGGACAGGCUCCCCACCACCCCAACUCCUGGGCCACUUCUCUGGCCUCCCUGAUGGCCGGGGGCUCUGGGAGCACCCCCUGGUUCAGGAAGCUGGGGAGGGCAUCCCAUCUGAGCAGAGGUUCGAGGACUCAGUCACUAUGAGAACUGUGAAGCCCCACAGUGAGCUCGAGGGCUCUAGAAGGUUCUUGAACCACCAGGGUGAACCGAAGCUCUUGGAGAAGUCACCCCAGGGCCACUCCAGGUUCAACUGGCUCCAAGGUGCAGAUGAGCAAUCCCUACCCCAGAAUGCAGGGCUGCCCCUGGACCUGCCACCCCCACCGCCGCCUCUCACCUCCUUCAGGACAGUACUGGUACCUGUAGAGGAUACCACAAAGACUUUGGAUGUGGAGGUAGGCACCAGAGAGCACUUGACAGACCUGGAGGGUCUGGCCCAGCCAACUGUGGACUGGUGCCUGCCUAGGUCAGCCACGGAAGUGGCCACUCAAACCUGGACGGUGAACUCGGAGGCAUCUGUGGAGCGACUGCAGCCACUGCUGCCCCGCGUCCGGACCGGUCCCUACCUGUGUGAGCUGCUACAGGAAGUGGCUGAGGGGGUGGCCAGCCCGGAUGAGGAUGAGGAUGAGGACACAGACACAACUGUGUUCCCAUGUGUGGAGUGCAGCAUCUACUUCAAGCAGAAGGAGCAUCUUCUGGAGCACAUGAAUCAGCAUCGUCGAGCCCCAGGCCAGGAGCCCCUGGCUAACUUGGCCUCACUGGCCUGUAGUGAGUGUGGCUGGGCCUUCACGGAUCCCUGUGCCCUGGAGCAGCACCGGCAGCUGCACCAGGCCUCCAGGGAGAAGAUCCUCGAAGAAAUCCAGAAGCUGAAGCGGAUCCCAAAUGAUGAGGGCCGGGAGGCACGGCUGCAAUGCUCCAAGUGCGUCUUUGGCACCAGUUCCUCCAAAGCCUUUGUGCAGCAUGCCAAGCUGCACGUGCGUGAGUCACCAGACCAGGCUGCCAAGGAGCCCUUUGGGGGUGGCAGCCCAGGCCCCGAUGCCACUUCCCUCAGCUAUCAGCCCUCAGGCCUCAGCUAUGGAGCCUCCUCAGGCCUCAAUGCUUGCAUUUUCUGUGGCUUCCCAGCACCCAGCGAGAGCCUGCUCAGGGAGCAUGUGAGUCUUGUGCACACCCGUCCCCAGUGGGAGGAGGAUGUUGAGGCAUUUGAGGAGGACCCUUCCAGCCAGCCUGGCACCAGCCAGGGUAUGUAUGCCCGUUUCCCUGAAGCUGCUGAGGACUACUUUGGCAUCGCUGAGCCAUUCUUGGCCCCUACAUGGCGGAAGAACCCUACUGGAUAUGACCCCAGCCUGGCCUUUGGCCCAGGCUGCCAGCAGCUUGGCACAAGGGAUUUCCCACUGUCAAAGCCACUACCGCACAGUGUGAGCCAGACGACCCUGGGAAGGUCAGCCUUUCACUCACCACUAGCAUCCACUCCGUAUUCCUUACAGCCCUGUAGAAGCAAAAAUGCUGUCCAUCUGCAGGGGCUCCCAGCCCAACUGGGGGACCAGAGGCACCCCUGGAGUGAAGAGGAAGAGGAGGGUAUACAACUGGCCUCGGAAAUGGACUUUUUCUCGGAAAAUGGGGUCUUUCCAUCCCUUGCUGUCCCUGGCCUCAUCCCAGAACCAGCCCUGGAGCUGAAGCGGACUUUCCGAGAAGCCCUGCGGGCAGCCAAGGCCUCACCAGCACAGCAUCAGCAGCUCCUUGGGAUGGUGCCAGUUGUGCUGGUGGCCAAGUUGAGGUCUCAGGUCCUGGCUGUGGCAGCUAGGGCACCCCCAAGGCUGCAGCCCGAGGAGCUGGGGCUGGGGGGCACACACCCCUUGGACUUCCUGCUCCUGGAUGCACCACUGGGUGGCUCGUUGGGGCUGGACACAAUCCUGGAUGGGGACCCAGCAGUGGCACUGAAGCAUGAGGACCGGAAGUGCCCCUACUGCCCUGAUCGCUUCCACAAUGGCAUCGGCCUGGCCAACCACGUGCGGGGCCAUCUAAACCGUGUGGGCGUCAGCUACAAUGUUCGGCAUUUCAUCUCUGCUGAGGAGGUGAAGGCCAUCGAACGCAGGUUCUCCUUUCAGAAGAAGAAGAAAAAAGUGGCUAACUUUGACCCUGGCACCUUCAGCCUGAUGCGCUGUGACUUCUGCGGGGCCGGCUUUGACACGAGGGCUGGUCUUUCUAGCCACGCCCGGGCCCACCUGCGUGACUUUGGCAUCACUAACUGGGAGCUCACCGUCUCACCCAUCAACAUCCUACAGGAGCUGCUGGCCACCUCGGCUGCUGAGAGGCCCUCCAGCCCCCUUGGCCAUGAGCCUGGGGGGAUGCCUGGUGGCUAUCUGUCCACCCGCAGGCCCCGCUUUCCUCUCACAGUGCCCUUCCCACCCACCUGGGCUGAGGACCCUGGGUCAGCCUACGGAGAUGGCCUGGGUUCUGAAGAAAACACCAUGGUGGCCAUGGACUUGGGCUCCCCUCCGCUCCCCAAGAAGAGCCUACCUGCUCCUGGGGCCCUGGAGCAGGUGGCCAGUCGGCUGAGCAGCAAAGUGGCUGCAGAGGUUUCUCAUGGCAGCAAGCAAGAGCUGCCAGACCUCAAGGCUCAGAGCCUGACCACCUGCGAGGUCUGCGGUGCCUGCUUUGAGACACGCAAGGGCCUGUCCAGCCAUGCACGCUCCCACCUGCGGCAGCUGGGUGUGGCAGAGUCCGAGAGCAGCGGUGCCCCCAUCGACCUCCUCUACGAGCUCGUGAAGCAGAAGGGCCUGCCUGACACGCCCCUCGGGCUGCCUCCGGGCCUGACUAAGAAGUCCAGCUCUCCGAAGGAGGUGGUCGCUGGGGCCCCCCGACAGAGCCUGCUCACCCUGGCCAAGCCCCUGGAUGCCCCUGCUGUCAACAAGGCCAUCAAGUCGCCUCCUGGCUUCUCAGCCAAGGGCCUGGCUCACCCACCCAGCUCCCCACUCCUCAAGAAGGCACCACUGGCCCUGGCAGGCUCCCCUACCCCCAAGAAUCCUGAGGACAAGAGCCCCCAGCUGUCCCUGAGCCCCCGGCCGGCCUCCCCAAAGGCACAGUGGCCUCAGUCUGAGGACGAGGGGCCCCUGAACCUCACUUUAGAUAGUGACGGGGGCAGAGAGCUGGACUGCCAGCUGUGCGGUGCCUGGUUUGAGACCCGCAAGGGCCUGUCCAGCCACGCCCGCGCCCACCUGCGCCACCUGGGCGUCAGCGACCCGGACGCCAAGGGAUCCCCCAUAGACGUGCUCCACGGGCUCAUCAGGAGGGUCGGCGUCCAGAAUCGCCUCCCACCCGGGCGCGGCGUGCUGGCCCAGCUGGGGCGGCCUCCUCCCGCCUCUGCGGCCCUCUCCUUGCUCCCCCCCCCACCGCCGGCCAAGAAGGCCAAGCUGAAGGCUGCUGGUAUGGCCAGCCCAUGGGGGAAGCAGGACCUCUCGGCCGCCACAGCCGCCGGCAUUUUCUGGGCCUCUGAUGUGGAGCCGUCUCCUCUCAACCUCUCCUCUGGCCCAGAACCAGCUCGAGACAUCCGCUGCGAGUUCUGUGGGGAGUUCUUUGAGAACCGAAAGGGUCUUUCCAGCCAUGCGCGCUCACACUUGCGGCAGAUGGGUGUGACUGAGUGGUAUGUCAAUGGCUCACCCAUCGAUACACUGCGGGAGAUCCUCAAGAGACGGACCCAGUCCCGGCCCAGCGGACCCCCCAAUCCACCUGGACCCAGCCCUAAAGUCCUGGCCAAGGUGGUGGGCAGCGGAGGUCCUGGCAGCUCCCUGGAAGCCCGCAGCCCUGCAGACCUUCACCUCUCGCCCCUGGCCAAGAAGUUGCCACCACCACCAGGCAGCCCCCUGGGCCACUCACCAACUGCCUCUCCUCCUCCCACGGCCCGAAAGAUGUUCUCAGGCCUGACCGCAUCCUCCCUGUCCAAGAAACUGAAGCCUGAACAAAUGCGUGUGGAAAUCAAACGUGAGAUGCUGCCGGGGGCCCUUCAUGGGGACCUGCACCCGUCUGAGGGUCCCUGGGUGGCGCCACGGGAAGACAUGGCCCCCCUGAACCUGUCAUCACGGGCAGAGCCAGUGCGUGACAUCCGCUGCGAGUUCUGUGGUGAGUUCUUUGAGAACCGCAAGGGCCUAUCCAGCCAUGCACGCUCCCACCUGCGACAGAUGGGUGUGACUGAGUGGUCUGUCAAUGGUUCGCCCAUCGACACACUUCGGGAGAUCCUUAAGAAGAAGUCCAAGUCGUGCCUCAUCAAGAAGGAGCCUCCAGCUGGAGACCUGGCCCCUGCCUUGAUUGAGGAUGGGCCCCCCACAGCGGCUCCUGGGUCGGUGCAGCCCCUCCUGCCACUGGUGCCCAUGGCUGGCCGGCCAGGCAAACCAGGAGCUGGGCUGGCCCAGGUACCCCGUGAGCUCAGCUUGGCACCCAUCACUGGUGCCAAGCCCUCAGCUACCAGCUACCUGGGCUCAGUGGCAGCCAAGCGGCCCCUGCAGGAGGACCGCCUCCUCCCUGCAGAGGUCAAGGCCAAGACCUACAUCCAGACUGAACUGCCCUUCAAGGCAAAGACCCUUCAUGAGAAGACCUCCCACUCCUCCACUGAGGCCUGCUGUGAGCUGUGUGGCCUUUACUUCGAAAACCGCAAGGCCCUGGCCAGCCAUGCUCGGGCGCACCUGCGGCAGUUCGGUGUGACUGAGUGGUGCGUGAAUGGCUCACCCAUCGAGACGCUGAGCGAGUGGAUCAAGCACCGGCCCCAGAAGGUGGGCGCCUACCGCAGCUACAUCCAGGGUGGCCGCCCCUUCACCAAGAAGUUCCGCAGCUCUGGCCAUGGCCGUGAGAGCGACAAGCGGCCUCCCCUGGGGCUGGCACCUGGGGGCCUGUCCGUGGUGGGCCGCAGUGCUGGGGGUGAGCCAGGGCCGGAAGCGGGCCGGGCAGCUGACAGUGGUGAUCGGCCUUUGGCAGCCAGCCCACCGGGCACUGUGAAAGCUGAGGAGCACCAGCGACAGAACAUCAACAAAUUUGAGCGCCGACAAGCCCGCCCUGCAGAUACCUCUGCGGCCAGGGGGGGCGAGGAAGCCAAUGACCUGCAGCAGAAGCUGGAGGAGGUGCGGCAACCCCCACCCCGGGUCCGGCCAGUCCCCUCCCUGGUGCCCCGUCCCCCCCAGACGUCACUGGUUAAGUUCGUCGGCAACAUCUAUACUCUCAAGUGCAGGUUCUGUGAGGUGGAAUUCCAGGGACCUCUCUCCAUCCAGGAGGAGUGGGUGCGGCACUUACAGCGGCACAUCCUGGAGAUGAAUUUCUCCAAAGCAGAUCCCCCGCCCGAGGAGCCCCAGGCCCCGCCAGCACAGACAGCGGCGGCAGAGGCACCCUAACACAAAAGCAUUCCAGAUCUCUCUCGUGCCACCUCUGUCUCCUCCUCCUCGGUCUCCUCCUCCCUCUCUUCCCUCUUUCUUUUCCGUUCCCAAAGGAGCAAGCCAAAACCUCAAACCGGCACCCUUGGGGGCCGGGCACACUACAGCCAGGGCGCCCCUUCCCCAGCUCAAGGACUCUGGGGCCAAACCCAGGGCAUCUUCCUUCAGGCCACACCUACCCAGUCCAGCCAGGGCCAAGGCCAGGUGUCUGGUGGCAGGUGAUCAGGUUAUGGGAAGAAGGCCAGCACUCCCCAAUGUCUAGCAGCCAGGUGGGGGUUCUAUUUGCCAUCUGUGGCCAUUUGUAAAGACCCCAAAGACCCCCUCUCCUGGUUCCCUCUUGCCCCAUGAGUAUCCUCUUACACGCACGCACAUGCAAACACAUACACACACACACGCAUGCACGCACACACUUCGUGACACCCGGGAUCUGCCCCAGCCCCCCAGUUCCCGAGUCAAACGACCACAUCAUGCCACGGUGCUUGCUCAGGGGAAGGCAUGCUCCCUUUGUGGGCCCACCUGGGCCUGGGAGCCCCCAUUGAGCCCACAAUGCCACGGAAAUCCUUGUUGGCUGCCCCCCCCAGAGGGGCCUUCCCAGCUGGGAAGAGCUCAGAGCUGACAGCUGCCUCCUGCCAUGUCCAGGUUCCCCAGAGCCUCUGGGGGCUCCGGGCCCUGGAGGGGAUGGGGUGGGACUCUCCUCCCCCAUCCCCACCCCCUCCCUCUUUUCACUGUUCCUUUCUAUGUAUAGCUCCCUAGACCUUUCACUUUUUUAAAAACGCAUUUGUGUAGAGAAUAAGGAACGUGGAUCUUUUUAUUUUGUGAUCCUGGGCCAGCUAGAAACCGGGAGCUGAUCAAUCUUUUAACUUUUUUCAGUGGCCACAUUUUGGUUAUUGAUGUACCUAGAAGUAUGUAAAUUAGAUUAAAUUUCUCUUCUGGAAACACCCUGGG